AUGUCAUCAGCAACAAGCUCAGAUGAUAUAGAAGAUGUUACAGACUUUACAAUAACUUCAAUACAUGAGGAUGCUCCUCGAGGAGCUCUUAAUAGAACAAAAUCCACAGCUUCUUUUCUUCAAGCACCCAAGCGGAAAUCAUCUGUUAUUCUUGCAACAACUGGUCAAAAAAUCCAAAGGUCAUACUCUUCUUACAAUUGUACUGAUAAUGAUAAUAAUCUACCAAGGCAAGAGCAGCAAAUUAAUAUUCAGGAAGCUAUAAACAGGGAAAAUUCCCUUUUAGCAUACAUCAGAUCGUUAUUUACCAGGCCCAUCUUCAAAUCGUCCUUUGCUUACCUAAUUGCGUCACUUUUUGUUUAUUCUCCCACAAUCUCAAACAUGCUUGGCACCUCAGACUCAAAACACUUAACAUGUACUGUGGUUGUUUAUUUCCAUCCUUCAAGAUCUGUUGGUUCUAUGCUGCAAGCUUUAUUGUUUGUCUCGUACUCGUUGUUUUUUGGAAUCGGUGUGAGUGUUUUUGUGUUUACUUGUAUCAGCCUAACAUCAAUAGAUAAUGACUCCUCAUUUAUAGUUGUACCGACGGUGCUGCUGGUAUCAGUAUUUCUAGGGAUGAUUUCAUUUUGGAAACACCGUGUUACCAAACCUACAUUCAACACUGCAUCGUCAUUAGCGGCAAUUCUGAUAAUUUCUUGUGUCAUUAAAGUCUAUUCAAGAAUGUUAGACACAUCUGAUAAGGUAACAAUUCCUUGGGAGAAAAUUGCAAGUAUAAUAAGCUGUGUUCUUUGUGGGUGCUUGAUCUCGGUUGUUGUCUGUUUCACAUUAUGGCGUAAGUGGGCCAAAAAAGAACUAGCUAUUGCAGUAGGAAAGGCCAGUUUGGAAAUUGGCAAAACAAUGUCCAUUUUAUGUGAUUCUUUCUUAUCAAUAGAUAAUACAGGCGAAGAAUUUGUGAAGCGUAGGAGUGAAAUAACGAACACCUUCAAAACGUUGAAAGCGCAGAUAGGAAAGCUGGAUGGUUUGCUGGAAGAGUCAAUGUUUGAAUGUUGUAGUCAAGGACGCGAGCAAGAAUACAAAUUGUAUAAAGGUUUAGUAUAUUCAUGCAAGAGGUUGCUCGCAGAUUUAGGUGGAUUAAGGAGAUCGUUAGAAUUCAAAUGGGAGUUAGUCGAGUAUUAUGAAGAGCUUAGAGGUAAUGAUGACCAAAUCAGUGAUGAGGCAAUGCAAAGAACGGAACAAAGUGCAGCUGCUUCAGAUAUUGAUCACAGGGAAGUUGAAAAACCUGAGGAGUUGAUAAAUCUUUUCAUCUACCAUCUUGGUCCAAGUGCAAAAUCAUUUGUAUUCACCAUGAAUCAGAUCUUGGGCGGGAAAUUUUAUGAUGAGGAAGACACGAUCAAUAACACAGCAACACAAUAUAUGCACAGCUUGGAAAUUGCUAAAGAAUUAUAUGAAUUUCACCAAACAGAAGCAAUAGAUAGCUUAUACAAACAGGAUAUAUUUGCUAAGCACGAAGGCAUGGAUGAAAAGAUCAAUCAGGAAGAAGUUGCUGCCACAUGUGCUAACUUUUCCUUCUCGGUUACCCAGAUGUCUAUUGAACUAGAGAAUUAUUUGAACUUAAUGAUUUCAUUGUAUGAUUAUAAAGAGUCGCCUAAAAGGUCAUAUGGUUUUUUGAAGUUUUGGAAAAGAGAUGCUUAUUCACACGCAGACGCCGAAAGAAGUCAGUUAAUACCUAUCGAGCUAGAUACAGAGAAAAAGUCAUUUGGUUAUAGUAUAUGGAAAAUGCUCAAGUUUACAAGAGGUGUUGAUUUUCAGUUUGGGUUUAGAGUUGGGUUGGGUGCUUUGAUUCUUGCUUCACUUGCAUUUUUAGAUUCUACCAGGCAUAUAUUUAAUGAAUGGAGAGGGGAAUGGGCUCUUGUGACCUACUGUAUUAUUAUGAAUAAAUCUUUGGGCGGUACUGCAAUGACAGUAAAAUGGAGAUUUUUGGGUACUUUUAUAGGCGCCUUUUUAGCAUAUUGGGUUUGGCAACUGUUUUUCCCAGUUGUUUCAAUUAUGGCGGUAUCGGGGUUCCUUGUCUCUUUGCCAUGCUUUGACAUAAUUUUGAAUUGGAAAGCCAACAAUGCAUUUGGUCGGUUUAUCCUAUUAACAUAUAACUUGACAGUUUUAUACUCGUACACUAUGUCCUUAUCUGGAAUACCUAAUGAUGGUAACGACUGGGAAGGUGGUGGAGAUCCAAUAAUUUGGGAGAUUGCAUUUCAUAGGUAUUUUGGCGUAAGUUUGGGCGUUAUAUGGGCACUUCUCAUCACUAUGACUCUUUUCCCAGUUACCGCUAGGGGAAGAAUUAAAAGGGGACUUUCAGUUUUGUGGUUACGAAUGGGUUUGAUUUGGAGGAGAGGUGCUUUGAAUUCACAUCUAGAUGAAUAUCAACAGAAAAAGCUAGAUGGUUUGAGAGGCUUGAAGGUAUGCCAUUCCAUCAUGGGUGAAUUGCGGACUUUGCUAAAACAAGCACCAAUGGAAUUACGUUUAAAGGGUGCUUUUCCUACAGAAAUUUACACGAAACUCAUGGAUGGGACAGAAGGUGUUCUGGAUGCAUACGAAAACUUGAACUCGAUUGUUGAUGUUGAUCCUAUCUUAAGUCCUAUUGAAGGAGUAGUGUUGGACAAUCUGAAUGAGGAGAUUACUGAGCUACAGAAUAGGGUAUUUUCUAUGUUCUACAUGCUAGCAUCGGCCCUGAAAUUAGGUUUACCUUUAGCUGGUGAUCCAGCGUCCACGGAGAAUGCAAUGCUCAAGUUGCUCAGCAAGCUAGCAGAUGUACGCAAAACAGUGGAAGCAAGAAAAGAGGUUGGGAAAAGUGCCGGUUUGAAAAAUACAGAUUUUGUUCUGUUUUAUUCCUAUUGCCUAGUAACAAACUUUAUUGUUAAUGAGUUAACAAGCCUGAUGGAAGAACUUAUCCACUUAUACGGUCAGCUCGAUGAAGAAUCAGUACAGUUUAUUUGA